CGUAUUGCCGUAUCGCCGUUUUGAGUGUGUUUCAAAUGCCCAAAUAACGGCAAUUGAGUGGAAAAGCGUCAUUUUCACCAACGCGAGGGGUUGAAUUGGUUUGUUUACAACAAUUCGGUUUCAGUAUCAAAUGCGUUGCCCUCGUGGUUAAUACGUGCUAACGGUCAACCGCUAAAAUAAGAACUAUAACAAUAAAGCAGGGCGGACUAUUCAAAGAAUAGCCAAGAAUACGGAAAGAAUACGAAAUACGAACAACUAGAACAAGAACAAUUUCAUCGGAAGGAGACGACCAUUAAUAAACAUUUAUUAGCCAACUGAACGAUUUGUAUCCGAUCGCCCGUUUGACACAUAAAUUGGAGGUGCUAAACAUGUCGUCGUCGUCAUCGUCUACUACAGUGGAGAGGGAUGCCGCCUAUACCAUUGAACUGGUUAAGGCCGAGGACUUUGAGGCUGUUCUCAACAUGCUUAAGACAUUCUUCUUUAAGGAUGAGCCCCUCAACACAUUUCUCAACCUUGGCGAGUGCAUUGAACUGGAGAACUAUUCGAUGAAGUCUCUUAAGGAUAAUUGCUCAUACAAAGCGAUCAAUAAAAAUGGCGAAAUCAUUGGUGUCUUUAUCAAUGGACUUUUACGACGACCGGCUGCAACUGAUGCACCACCAGAGAAGGCAGCCGAUGGAUGUGAACAUCACAAAUUUAAAAAGAUUCUUGGCCUAAUGGAUCAUGUAGAGGAAAAGUUCAACAUCUUUGAUCUAUAUCCCAACGAGAAUGUGAUACUUGAUGGAAAGAUUAUCUCCGUUAACAGCAAUUAUCGCGGCAUGGGCAUUGCGGGCAAGCUCACGGAACGCGCCUACGAAUAUAUGCGGGCGAAUCAAAUAUCUGUUUACCAUGUCAUGUGCACCAGCCACUAUUCGGCGGUUGUCAUGGAGAAGCUGGGCUUCCAUGAGGUCUUCAACCUGAAAUUUGCCGACUACAAAAAAGAUGAUGAGGUCGUUUUUAAGCCAGCAAUACCGCAUGUCGGUGUACGCAUUCUGUGCAAGGAACUCGCCAAGGAUACGCCGAAAGCGUUAUUGUAAUUCAAUUAAAUUAGUUAUAUUAAUUAUAUUAUAUAUAUAAAAUAUGUGAUUUUUUAGUUUGUAGUUCGGUGGCGGGUUCCAAAAACAUUUCCGAACGAGAAUCGUAAGAAUCGUGCGUUCAUUUCAUUCGAUAUGUACUUUCAAUUAGUAGAAAACAAGAUAACAAAAAAAAAAACAAGUACAACUUUAAUAAAUAUUUAUAUAAUUCAAUUCACACGUCGCAACGUUACCUUAAGUGUUUUAAAAUGUGCUCAAAGUAUGCUAUUAAAAUUGCAAUAAAAUAUUAUUAGAACAAGUUAUUUAAAU